AUGGUUUUGAUUUCGACUGGUAGUCUGCGCGCGAUCGAUGAACACAAACAAAUCAGGAAGCACCGUAUAGAUGUUGUCGAUGGCGGAAGGCUCAUUAAUGAAGGAAAGCCAUAUCUUGAACCCUCGACAGAGGAAUGGUACCAGUACGGCCGGCUUGAGACUUUUCCUGUAGUAGGUUCUGCCUUUCUUGCAUCGUCCUCUCAAACGGGACAAUGCUAUGAUCCCUGUACAUUGGAUUUCAUGGCAGGGUUCAAGGAAGCCGGCACAAAUCACGACUGUAAGUCGAUCAUGAGACAGCGGCUGAAUGCAUCUGACUUGUGCGCAAAAGCGCUAGGUCGCAUUGUACCAGCGAUUUUAGAGCGGCCGCUUGUGACCCUUGGCGGAGGUGAGGUUCAGGCUGAGGUUGGAAUAAUAAUUGACUAG